CGACUUUUUUCCACAGUUCCAGUGGAGGUGUUCUUCAUAGACUACCGGUAUUUUUCAAGGCAGCCUGGGAGAUGAUGAAUCUGGGGAUUGCCCCCACCUUCAACAUGAUACGUUCCUCCUGUAGCACUUACGCCAAGCGACAGUUGGGACGUAAAUCUUACUACAGAGUGGCAACGUUUAUGUGCCAUGAUGCCGUCACAGCCAAAAGAUUUUACCAAGCUGAGGAACCUGCAGAGGACACACUCCAGAGCCGAGCACUGACAACAAAUGCAAUUGCAACAUAUGCAGCAAAUAAAAGGAAAAGGAGAGCGGACAGAGGGUCUAUGCAGGACAAGGACAGUCAUGGAUGUGACAAGGAAGAGCAGCAGUCAUCAGUAACAGAGGAGCUUUUAGACAGAAGGCUCUUCCAGUGUAGCAGUAACAAGAUGGUGAGCCCAGGUCAGGGUGAGGGUGCCGGUAGUGCUGGAGCCACAAUAAGAGAAACUAAACGGGAUUUGAAAGAGGAGGUGGAGCAGCUACAAAAUAUGACAUGCCAGUUGCGCAAGAGAAAAAUGGUCAUCUUUUACAAAAAUGAUAGGACAGGUGUGAGGAAACUCACACAAGAAGACAAUCCAGAAGAGGACGAGGAGGAGGAUGAAGCGAGAGAAUGGGUUCCUAAGUCUGUGAGCUCAUCUGAAGAUGAUGGGACAGAUGACUGGAAACCCACACAGGAAGAAUCUGAAGGCUAUUCAGAAGAGGAGGAAGAACAAAAACGGAAAAGGGUUCCUAAGGACAGGGAAACGGCGAUGAGCUCAUUACCAGUACAACACCAAAUUCCAGUUGUUACUCUGAAUUCAGUCACUCUCAAGAUGGACAAGGUCACAGUGGAGGUCCCUCCUGGUAUGCAGCAGGCCUAUGUAAGCCAAGACACAGCAAGGACUGUGAAUAAGAGUUCAGAAAAAAGUGUGAUUCACCAAACCAGUUGCCUGAAGAGGCUCACUUUUCAUCAGUCAACUCUCUUUGAAGACCCCAUACCAAGAUCUGGUAACAACAAGAAAGACCAAAGUGGAAUCCCAUCUGCACCAAUAAUCACCUCAGAACAAGUGAAAGAGAAAGAGGUGCAAGAAGAGCCUCUGGAGAAGAUAAAGAGUGGAGCCAAAGGAGAAAAGAGAAAAGAAAAGUUACAAAAGGAGCCUCUGGAGAAGAGGAGGAGUGAAAGGAAAGGAAGGAAGAGAAAGGAAAAAGUACAGCUUGAGCCCCUGGAGAAGAUGGGGAGCAAAAGGCAAAGGAGGGAAGAAAAGAUACAAGCAGAGCCUCUGAAGAAGAUGAAGAGUGAAGCCAAAGGAGGAAAGAGAAAAGAAAAGGUACAGCAGGAGCCUCUGGAGAAGCUGAGGAGCAAAAGGCAAAGGAGGGAAGAAAAGAUACAGGCAGAGCCUCUGGAGAAGAUGAGGAGUGAAGGGGGGAAAAGGACUCUGAAAAUAAGGUGCAAUUUAUUCCAUUGCUCCCAGUAA